AUGGAUUCCCUCAAGCAAGGUGCCAACUACGUCUCCGAGACUGUCAAGCAGGCCACCAGCGGAGCCUCCAAGGAGACCAACAAGCAAGUUGCCAAGGACAGCGAUGCCCCCAUCGGCACUCGUGCUUCUGCUGCCAAGGACGCCCUUGGUGACAAGGUCGACGAGCACAAGCACGAUGCUAAAGCUGAGGCUCACAAGCAGCAGAUCUAG